GGACUGUUUAUGUAUGUGAUGAGUGAGAGCUGGUUUGUGUGGAUGUAAUACAGAGAAAUGGAGGUAAAUAAAGACGAAGCUGAACGCUGUAUUGAUAUCGCAAUAAACGCUAUAAGAGACAACGAAGCUGAUAAAGCGAAGCGCUUUUUAGAAAAAGCACAGAAGCUGUUUCCGACUGACAAAGCUAACGCAUUGUUGGAGUCUCUGCAGCGGAAUGGACCUGGCUCCACUCAUAGCACUUCUUCAGAAGGCAGUAAUGAUUCCGAUGCAAACCAGCACAAGUCGGAUAACCACAGUGCUUCUAAAGAAAAAAAACCUGAUUCUACCAAAUCCUUCACCUCAGAACAAGUAGACGCUGUAAAAAGGAUCAAACAAUGCAAAAACUACUAUGAGAUUCUUGGGGUGCAAAAAGAUGCAUCAGAUGAGGACCUUAAGAAGGCAUAUAGGAAACUUGCACUUAAGUUUCAUCCUGAUAAAAACCAUGCACCAGGGGCUACAGAAGCUUUUAAAGCAAUUGGGAAUGCGUAUGCGGUAUUGUCUAACCCGGGAAAGAGGAGUCAUUAUGAUCAGUACGGCGAGGUGAAAAGCAAUGCUAGCAGACACAGCCAUGCUCACAGAGAUUUCCAGCCUGAUAUCUCCCCUGAGGAUCUCUUUAACAUGUUCUUUGGCGGAGGAUUCCCAUCUAGUAAUGUUCACAUGUACAGCAAUGGGAGAAUGCACUACAGCCAGCAGCGUGCAAGAAGAGAGGAGAGAGGUGGUGGCUUGGCUCUCUUCGUCCAGCUCAUGCCAAUCCUUAUACUUGUUAUUGUGUCUGCUCUCAGCCAGAUGAUGGUGGGUGACCCUCCCUACAGCCUCACCUUUAGACCGUCUUUGGGUCACACACAGAAGCGACUGACUGAGAAUCUGCAGGUGCCAUACUAUGUGGGUGACCGCUUCAGUCAGGAGUACAGCGGUAUAAGUCUGAGACAGGUGGAGCGCAGCGUGGAAGAGGACUACAUUUCCACACUCCGCAACAGCUGCUGGAAGGAGAAACAGCACAAGGAGGGUUUGCUAUACCGUGCAAGGUACUUUGGCGACAGUGAGCUGUAUCAGAGAGCUCAAAGGAUGGGUACUCCCAGCUGCUCCAGACUCGCUGAGGUUCAAUCUGCAAUCCAUGCAUAAAUCAGUAUCAUCAGUUCAACAGCAGGUGUAAAAGAGAAAGAUUUCCAUUUAAGACCACUGUACGGAGGGCAAAAAUGGUGAUAAAUGGUCGCAGAAAAUCAGCCAAAGAAAAGAGCCGUCAUACUUGUUGCAUAUUUGGGUUUGAGUGAGUGAGCAACAUUUCUGUGUUAAUUAGGAAUUCCACUGCUGUCAGGUUAUAAUGGUUUAUACAGAGCUUCUUUUAGUCUUUUGUAAACGUAAUUAACACCUCAAGGUAAAGAUUAGGAAAUCCAAUUAUGUAACUAAUAAUUAAGCUGAAAUCUAUUUAUUAUCUUUCAUACAGAAUUUCUGCAAGAACACUACAUAUCUUUAGUAGGUUUAGCAUAGAUUAUGAUCCAGCCACAUUGGAAUUAUUUAUAACUGUACAGAUGAGAUUUAGCUAUGUGGAGAUUUAUUGAUAGGUUAUGCUAAUUAAGGAUUAAUUGUUAUUUUUUGCACUCCAUAUUUUGAUUCUGGCCACUAGUAUUUAAGCUACUAUACUUCAUGUUGUUUUUUAUCAGAAUUUUAAAAUGAAGGCAUACACAGUCAAUGGACCCUUAAUUACAAAACUUAUGCCCAAGCGCUUUGUAAAAUGAAAUAAAUAAUCUGUGAUUUGUUAAUUCUCUUGAAUCUUCAUUUAACAGACAAAAGCAGAAUGAAAAGAUUUAUAAUGUUUUCACUGAUCGUCUUCAUUGUAUUUUGUAAAUAUCAACACAUUCUGAAUUUGAUGCCUGCAACACACUUUAAAAGAUUUGAGACAGAGGCAUGUUUAGCACUGUGUUUUAUUAUCUUUCCUAUUAAUGAGAAUUUUUAAUGGUUUAAGAAUUGAGGACACUAAUUGUUGCACUUUUGAAAAUGGAAUGCUUGAUGCGAUACUUUAUCUGCUCAACAGUCUGUGGUCAUUGUUGUCUGAUUCUCCUCUUCAUAAUGCAUCAUACAUUUUUAAUUAACAAAUCUAGACUGCAGGCAGGCCAGUCAAACACACAUACUCAGUGUCUACAAAGCAGAAGUAGUGUAUGCAGAAGGAUGCCUGGCUUUGUCUUGCUAAAAUGGACUUUCCUGUAAAAGAAAGCCACAUGUCACCUUGAUGGCAGCAUGUGUCUCUCUUAAAUCCCAAUAUACACCUCUGCAUCAAUGGAAUCUUCAUACAUAUGCAGGUUACCCAUGAUGUGGGGGCUGAUGCACCCUUAUACCAUGACGAUGUUGGCUUUUAGCACCUUUUGCUGAUAACAGUCUAGACGGCUCUUUUUUGUCUUUGGCACAGAGAACACAAUGUCUGUUUUUACUGAAAACAAGUUGAAACAAAAAGUUUCAUGUUGCACUACAAGAUGCAGUGGUGGACUGGGUUUAGUAACAAUGGUUUUCCGAAGUACUUCCAUGUCCAUGUGGCUAUAUUUAUCACAAUAACGUGACGGUUUCUCAUGCAGUGCCAUCUUAGAGCUUAAAGCUCACAUAAAUUGAAAAACGAUUUCUCGAUUUUUUGGCACAAAGUGGUGUCACAUUAUUACUGGCAAAGACUGAACCUCUGGUAGAUCCUUCUUUUAUAACCAAUCAUGAUUUCCUCACCUGUUACCAAUUCACCUGCUUAUUGUAGAAUGUUUUAAAACACGUUGAAUAUUCUGUAAACUUUUCACUCAUAUUUUGCCCUGUUGCAGACACCAAAAUUUUUUUAUAUUUACAAAAUACAAUUAUUUUCACAGUUACAUAAAGAUUCAAGAGAAUUAACAAAUCACAGAUUCUUCUUUUUAUUGCAUUUUACAAAAUGUCCCAACUUUUCUGGAAAUGGGGUUUGUAGAAAUAUACUAUAUUCAUGUAUUGUUCUGCAGCCACAUAACAGGCUGACUGAAUAAUUGCAUGAACUAGUAGGUUUUCAUGUAAUACUCCAGUUAGCCAGCUACGUGACAGAAGCACAAUGCAUAAAAUCAUACAGAUACAGGUCAAGAGCUUCAGUUUAACAUCACCUGAAUGAAUUUGACAGUGGUGUGAUUGUGCCAGCUCUUACAUGUACUACAUUCUUACACCAAUUUUACACCAAAUUGUGCAAAAAAACAUCCAGUAAGUGGCAGUUCUACAAACAAAAAUGGCUUGUUGAAAAAAAGAGGUCAGGGAAAGAUGUUCGGUCAGGUUUGAGCUUCCUGCAAGGCUUGUAUAAUUGAAAGAUUACUUAUUACAACUGCACUAAGCAUAUCAAAACAUACAACACAAUAUACAUUGAAUCUGAUGGGCUACAACAGCAGGAUUCACUUCUACUGGGUAAGAACUGGAAUUCAGUCCACAGCGUGCUCACCAAACUGGACAGUUAAAGAUCAGGAUGAAUGUUUGCCUGGAGCAAUAAAUCUACAUUUCUGCUGCAGCAUGCAAACAUUAGGUUGCAGAAUUUGUUGUAAACACCAUUAAUCCAUGGACCUACAUUGUAUCAACAGUUCAGAAUGGUGAUCGUCAAUUGGUUUGGGAAAUGUUUUUUUUUCACACCUUGAGCCAUAAUUAUUAAUUAAGCAUUGUGGGAAUGCCACAAGCUAUCUAAGCGUUGUUGCAGACCAUGUGCGUCGUGUGGCUGCUUCCAGCAUGUUAAUGUGCCAUGUCGCAAAGCCCAAGUUAAAAUAAACUGGUAUACAUUUAAUUUGGGAUGUGGUAAAGUGAAAGAUUUGUGUCAUAGAUGUGCAUCCAUGCCACAAAAUAUUGAGGAUUUUUUUAAAGUAAAAACAUUGUUCCUAAUAAAGUGGCCAGCGAGUUUAUAUACAAGCUAGAAAUAUUUCAUUUUGGAAUAAUAAAGCAAUGUUGCUGCUCUGGACAGUAAGAAAAUAAAACUGUGUUUGCCAGUCUUCAA